AUGGAAACACAGACCCAGGCAUCUUCGUCUGGUCUGUCUCAAAGCUCAAACGCCCGUUGGCUCGCUCUCACCCACCGCAACCGCUCUUCCCAUUCGUCCUUUCUCUAUGGAGUCAAAUCGACAAAGAUUUACUGCCGACCCACGUGUCCUGCUCGCCUUGCGAGAAGAGCCAAUGUCGUCUUCUAUGACACUGCAGAACAAGCGCGAUGCGACGGGUUUCGCCCGUGCAAGAGAUGCCAACCAGACAAUGCGGAAUUUGCCGGAGACAGAGAGGAGGUUGUUACAAAGGUUAUAGAGCUUCUGCGGGUAAAGAAAGAUAAUUUGACGAUGAAACUCGGUUUGAAGGAGCUGGCCAAAGAGGUCGGAGUAACGCCAAGCUAUCUAUGCCGCGUAUUUAAGAAGACGAUGGGGAUCACGGUAGGAACUUAUUUGAUGGAGUUUGAAAAGGAGCCCAGCGAGGAUGGGACGGAGAGCUCAGCACGCACCCCCAGUCAAUUUGGAUCCGAUGUGAGCUUAGGGACAGGGUUGCCAUUCCCAGCGACACAAGAGAGCUCCCGAGGGCCUUUCGAUGAUCUUCAAGGCGACAAAUCGAAAGCAGGAAUAGUGGAUAUUGCAGAGGCUCUAGACUUGAACUUUAAUUUCGACGCUUGCUGUGCCAAUCUUGACGAUCAGUUUUGGACUGAAGACUAUUGGACCGAGGACUCGUGGAACGCAGGGUUCUGGAACGAAGGAUCCCUGUACUAG